AUGCUCAAAGCGAAUGCACACGGCGAGAUAAUCAGUCCAGAAGAAAUAUGCGAAACCGAAUCCGAGAGCGAGAGCGAGAGCGAUGAUGAAGCCGCGAUGAGAAGCGAGUCGGCGAUUGCCGUCUCAGCUGGAACUAGUAUGCGUCUUUUCAGGCUAUCAUUACUUCAUCAGCCCCCGCCACUUGUCGUUAAUUCAAUAGCGAGGAAGUCGUCCAAUCAUUUCCCUAUGGAGGAUUGCCACCUAGCCAUGGUAGAAUAUGUACGGUCGUCGGCUGUUUCGUUAGAUUCUCUUGCCCUCAAGAUGCUCAUAAAAGUACUGUUGCUCUCGUUCGCCUUUUCCAAAAGAUGGACCGGAAUUUCUGUAGCACUCGCACAGUCGGCUACAGGAACAAGCUUUUCGGUAGUAUCUACCACGACUACCAGUACACAGAAUCCCACAAGCAUCGCCACGGUCACGGCUAGCUUUCCUCCAAUUGGGUCGAUUCCUCGCGAUUACACACCGGAAGGACUGGAGCAACUUUGGGACCUCGUCGGACCUGUCGAGCCGCCUCCGUUCACCACUACCCGCAUUCCCAGCUCAGCGGUCACCCUACCGCCCUCUCCCCCGCUUUUGUAUCCAUCUUUCUAUGCUCCUGCAGCGAAGGACAUCUUGCCAGACCUGAAAUUUCCUGAAGGCUUCAAAUACGGCGUCGCCACGUCCGCGUACCAAGUUGAGGGGGCUACGAAGAAUGAAGGGAAGGGACCGACUAUGUGGGACUGGGCUUCUAGACAGCCGAACGGCGUAUACGAUGGCACAACCGGAGAUAUCGUUGAUCUUCAAUACUUCUUGUACAAAGAAGACGUCGAACGAUCCGCUGCUCUUGGUGUCACUGCACAUUCUUUUUCUAUCUCAUGGGCGAGGAUCUAUCCAUUUGGCGCCGCUGACUCUCCCGUCAACACCGCUGGCAUUGACCAUUAUUCAGAUGUCAUUGAUUACCAUUUGGCUCAGGAUGUGGAGCCUGUCGUAACAUUGUUCCAUUGGGAUACGCCUCUUGCUCUUCAGGCUUAUUACGGAGCUUUUACUUCUCCAGAAAUAGUGGACGAUUUUGUGAACUAUGCCAAGACCGUAUUUCAGGCAUACAACGGUCGUGUUAAAACUUGGUAUACUUUCAAUGAACCGAGUGUUUAUUGUGGCCAGGUCGCGUCCUCUCCAUUCGAUGCCACGCUCGCCCCCGGGGUCAACGCGUCUACUGCCCCUUAUCAAUGCGCAUACAAUCUAUUAAAGGCCCAUGCAGCAGCCGUCAAGGCCUUCCGCGAAAUGAACAUAACCGGAGAGAUUGCCUUCAAGAGCGACGAUUACAUAGGCACACCAUGGAGAAGCAACACCACUGAGGAUAUACUUGCGGUCGAGCGACAUGCAGCAUUCCAAUUAGGCCUCUUCGCAAAUCCCGUAUACACAACAGGCGACUGGCCCGAUAUUGUCAAAGACACCCUCCCGGCCGAGUAUCUCCCGCGCUUCACCGACGAGGAAAAGACUGAUCUUCUUGGCUCUGCGGAUUUCUUCGCCAUCGAUGCCUACCGCUCGCUAUGGGUAAAGGCUCCGGACGAAGGGAUCGAUGCAUGCGUGGCAAAUACUUCCGAUCCCUUGUGGCCCGUCUGUAACGAACCCGCAUACUUUGACUCGGAUUACGGCUGGCCCGAAGGUCCCGCUGGUGACCCCGCGGCCAUAUUCCUCCAAUCAACACCGGUGGCCAUUCGUGCUUUACUUAAGGGCAUCCAUUCUCGAUGGCCGAGUAAUAAAAUGUACGUUUCUGAGUUUGGUUCCAUCGAGCCUUUUGCCUACGCGAACGCGGAUAUAUCGCAAAUAAAGGAGGAUGUUGGCCGAACAGACUACCUCCUCACGUAUCUCGGUGAGAUGUUGCUAUCCAUACACGAAGACGGUGUUCCGAUACAAGGUGCCUUCACUUGGGGCAUGGUUGACGACGCAGAAUGGCAAGGUGGGACAUCCGUUAGAUAUGGCAUUCAGCACGUCGAUUACGCGACACUGGAGCGGACGUACAAGCGUUCGGCAUUGUCUUUGGCGGAAUUCUUUGGGUCGCAUCUUCAAGACUGAGGUGGGAGUUUGUCAGUCAUCUUGUCUAUGUAUAAAUAU